AAUAAAUAAGUGAUUUAUGAUCAGUGAUUAUGUAUAAUUAAUUGUUUAAAUUAACAAUUUAAAUUAAAUAUGUUUUUAAAUAAAAUCAUUGUUAUAUUUUGUGCAUUGUUCACUUCAACAUACCAACAUAACGUUUGUGCAAGAAAUGAUCCAGCAAUUAAAGCGAAAUGUAAACAAUUAAAAAAGGAGAAAUGUAUUUUUGUUCCAGAUAGUAUAAACUGCCUGCUAAGUUUGCAAGCAAGUGAAGUGAAUUUUGCAUCAUUCAAUCCAGAACAACUGUACCUAAUUGCACAUUUGGUCAACGAAACAUUUGUAAUUAUUGAAGAAAUAAGAAAUCUACGUAAAUUAAAUGAUGAUUUUGAUUUUCAAACAGUGGUGCUCGCACGUAAAGGUCUACCACAACAAUUAAAUGCAACAAAAUAUUGUCAUCCUGGUUUCUACGAUAAUGUAAAUUGGUCACCACGUGUGUUAACUGAAUUCGAACGAGUGGUCUUACAUAAUGUGGAAUACAAUUACGAUACACAACAAUCAAUAAUCGAUAAUGAAAUAAGAAAAAUUGCACAAUAUUUUGGACCAUCGUGUAGACCUGGUAAUUGGGUGGACGACGAACGAAUUAAUAAUGAAUUACAAUAUAAAUAUUCAAAUUUACAAUCAUUAUGCAAAUAUACAAAGGAGACAAAUCCUCAUAUGCGUGCAUUAGAAUGUUUAACAAGACAUGGUGGUGAUGUUGCUUACGUUGAUUUUGCACAUGUUCGAAACUUUUUCGAUAUCAAUUAUGAUUUAGCUAAAGAAGAAUUCGAGUAUGUUUGUAAAGAUGGUUCUAGAAUUCCACUGGAUAGCUGGGAUAUAAAACCAUGUACAUGGAUCAAACAACCAGUUUCUGCAAUAGUGGCUACCAAUAAAAAAAAUUCUGCAAGUAUAGUUCAAACAUACUUAAUCCGUAAAGAAGAAACAGGAAAUCGCACCAAUAAUACGAUAUUUCAAAUACUUGGAAUAGAAGAUAAUCAACAACAGUAUCAAAUUUCGGAAAUCGAACCAGUACACACGUACAUGUGGAAAUAUCGUGAUUUAGUGGAAAUUGAUCCGUUUGAUAAAAAUGUGCAUGUUGUAAAAUGGUGUGUAACAUCUGAAAUUCAAUUGGAAAAAUGUAAAUUAUUAAGAACAGCUGGAAUCGUUUUGGGACUUGUUCCUGAAAUUGAAUGCUUGUAUACAACAAAUCAAAAUAUAUUGAAUUGUUUUAAAAAUAUUCAUGAAAAUAUUGCUGAUAUUGUUGUCAGUGAUUCCAAUUAUGGUUACAUUGGACGAACGUUUUUCAGUUUGUAUCCAAUUGCAUAUGAAAAAACCAGAUUAAGAAAAACUAUUGUAGCAGUUAUAAAAGAAAACAGUACAUCAGAAAUUAAAAAUUUUAAUGAUUUAAAAGGAAAAAAUGCUUGUUUCUCAUUAGUUGAAGGAAUAGGAUAUAGAGCUGCAAGGCGUGUAAUAAAAAAAUAUGAAGAAUUAAGAAAUGAUUCGUUAACAUCAUUUUUCAAUAAAACUUGUGCACCUGGUGGCGAAGAAUUAUCUUAUUACUUCAAUAAUAACAUUGAAGUUGUUGAUACUUGUUCUUUGUGUCAGAUGGUUAGUUGGAAUGAAGGGCCCAGAGAUCCUUGUUCAUUUUAUGCAAAUCAGAAUAAUGAGUAUGAAAACGCAUUAAAAUGUUUGGAUCAAGUAGGCGAUGUUGCUUUUGUUGGUCUACAAGAUUUGGACAAGAAUGAUAAAUAUCGAGUAAUAUGUCGUAAUAAUACAUUAGCUGCAACUCCAGGCUUUGAUAACAUCGAUGAAGCAUGUGCCUUAACAACUGUGAUUACCAGUGAAAUUAUAACAAGAGUUAUUGACCAGGAAAAUUCAAACUUUAAAUUGUUAUUACGACAAAUUGAAAAGUACUUGGGCGGUAAAUCAUCCGCAUUUAAUACAAUGAAUGUAUUUAGUAAAUUUCAUAAUAAAAAUGAUGUUUUGUUUAAGGAUAAUACAGAAGGAUUUGAAUUUCUAGACGGAGCAAAUCAUUACUUUGGUUCGUACAACAAUCUAAUUUUAGAUAUUGAUGAUUUAGAAAAAGAUGGUGAAUUAUCAUAUGGCUAUUACGUUCUUAUCGUGGGAUCAGUUUUUGUUAUUUUAAUGAUGAUGGCGUUUGUCGUUUACAAUGUUGUCAUGAAAAGUGAAUAUCAUCGAGCGAAUCGAGUUGAAUUUUAAAAAGUUUAAAAUUAAAUUUAAUGGAAAUUAAAUUGUGAAGUGUGAAACGAAAUAGUGAUGAUAAUGACAUUGUAUAACUAUGGCCAGAAAUUCAUCUGAAUAGUAGCUCACAAUAGAUUCGUCCAUUGAGCGUUCAGUUCAACGACAGUAAGUAUGUACUGUGUGUAACAGAAAUGAAUUGUUUAUUAGCAUAUUUACUAUGCUUUCACGCUUACUUCUUGGUGGCCUUAUUCAAUAUUGAAUUUUGAAUUAUAUUCUUUAAUUCUUAAAUCUUAUUAUGGAAGAUUAUUUGAUUUAGCAAAUUUAAACCAAAAUUAUUGCCAAAUAUUAUAGUAAAUAAUAAUUGUUUAACUACACCGACCAAGCAAGAAAAUCGGACAAAAUUUAUGACAAGAAAGUAAUAAAAAUGAAAAAAUAAAUAAAUAAAAUUAUUUAAUGAAAUGUAAAGAAAAUCAUAAGGAAAAUGUGCUAUAAAUGAUAAGAUGGACUUUGAAAGUAGAGCUAAAGAAGCUGUAUAUACAGGGUGGGUCAUUUUAAUCUAUAAUGGCUAAUAG